CAUCCAUCUUUUUUUCAUACUACCCCAAACGAUAACAUCUUAUCUUCGCUUUCUUGCCUGGGUGUUUUGGAUACACUACUACUUGCGCCAGGCGGCCCAGCCCUACACCUUAUCCAAUCCGCAAGUCCGCUAUGGACAUAGACCAACCUACAGAUGAUCUCCAACGUCGAGUCCUCCAAAGCACCCUCGACGAAAUAGCGACCAGGCAAGAAGACGCCACCAACUGCUGCGUUAUCUGCCUCGAAAGCAUCUCCGAAGUCUGCGAGGCUGUUCCUUGUCAACACCGAAACUUUGAUUAUCUCUGUCUUCUCAGCUGGCUUGAGCAAUCGCCAAAAUGUCCGCUCUGCAAAGCUGUCAUCUCACAAGUUCGCCACGGCCUCGAUGAACCUGUCGCAAAGACUUACACCGUACCUAAGCCUGCUCCAGAGCCCCGGGCACAACAAUGGGAAAUCAGAACAUAUGCGCCAUCGCCUCUUCACCGUCGGCGUCCUCCGCGACGUCGUCCAUAUCCCCGUCGAUCACGCUACGAAACAGCUAGCUUGAGUCCUUCAGAUGAGAUCGCGAGGCGGAGGGAUGUGUAUCGCCACAAUAGAUACUCAAAACAUGUUGGGUCGAAUCGCUUGUCUCGAUACCGCGAACUGACUCCAGCGGCCUUUUGUUCAGAUAACGACUUAGUCUCGCGCGCACGAAUGUGGAUGCGUCGAGAGUUACAGGUGUUUUCCUUCUUAAAUCCCGAUGCCGACCAGACAGUACCAACACCCGAAGGGAGUGCUCCGAGGAAUGCAGUUGAGAGACGGAGAGCCAACAAUGCUGAGUUCCUUCUCGAAUACAUCAUUGCCAUCUUGAAAUCCGUCGACAUCAUGGGCAGCGCUGGCCAAGCCGAGGAAAUGAUUUCAGAUUUUCUGGGCCGAGACAACACGCGACUCUUCUUGCAUGAGCUGAGAGCAUGGCUUAGAAGUCCAUAUGUAAAGCUUGCUGACUGGGAUAGGGCUGUUCAAUACGACGUAUCUACACCGAGCAGCCCUAGAGCUGAGUCUGAAGGGCCUGGCAGCUCAAGACAAGACCAACGCCAGUCAAAGAACGUCGGCGCACGUAAUUGGGACUCAUCACAAAGACAGGGAGAUUUGUAUCGUCCUGGGGGGCGAUCACAACGACCCCGAGAAGUACUUAGACACGAACCAUAUAGAACACCGCAUAGAGACUAGCCAGGCAUGAUAAAGAGAUGGAGCUUGGAUAAGGCAGGAUAGAAUAUGAUACCCGGAGAACAAUCUCCAGCCGAAUGAAUAAUGAAUUGGAUUACAAAUAGAUGUGUUUGGAAUAGUCCGAGGUCAACUAAGAGCUUGCGGUGAAAGUAGAGCUUACGAAAGCAGAACUCCUUGGCGGGCGGAAUUCCGCCCUCUUGAUGAAGCUAUGCCCGUUUUCUCCUGAAAGUUCAAAGAUGGUGAAGACAUCAAGCGC